AUGAAGAAGUUUUUCGGACACAACAAAUCAAAAGCCACAAAAGCAUCCAGAGAUUUCGCUGCGCCUGGCAGUCCAGAGAAGCAUGCUACAACUACCAAUCAGGUCCAGAAUCGAGAACAGCCCCUGCCUCCGCCUCCGCAAUCCAUAGAGCGCUGGGAUGUACUUGCGCCCUACUCAGAACAAGGGCAUCUCCCCAAUCCGCUUCCGCCAGGAAUGCCCGUUUCCCGCUCAUCAUCCUUCAAUUCUCUCCCACCAGGCGCUUCGCCACCGCCUUCCUCGAAUCCUAUGCCUCCCCCGGUACGAUCUCCGUCACCGGCCAUGACCAACACGUCCAUCAUAUCCAGUCGCCCAGGUCACCAGCAGAAAGAUCACGGCAGGACGCUGAAGAAAGGGCUGACCCCUGCACCUGUUGCGUUGGGUAUCCUGCGGUCGCUAGAUCCCCCACGCGCAGAUAUCAACAACUAUAAUUCGCGAUCAAAUUCAGAGGACUACGUUUCGGUUGAGCGGUAUACGCAGUCCGAUCAUGGGCACCGGGACUUCAAUAGAGAUCAUCAUGUAGAGAAGAAGGAAAAGCGGAGUUUCUGGAAUAGGGAUAAAGAUAAGGAGAAAGAGAAGGAGAAAGACCGGGAGAGGGAGAAGGCGAGGGAGAGAGAUGGGAGGGGUGACUAUGGCCGAGAUAGCCGUAGAGAUGAGGAGACUCAGCCUGAGCUUACACGGAUGAUUGGAUAUCUUACCGCUACAGCGUCAGAGGACUGGGGCCUCGUAUUGGAGGUCUGCGAUCGAGCAUCUGCGAAUGAAGCUAACGCCAAAGAGGCCGUUCGAGCCUUGAGACGCGAAUUCAAGUACGGUGAACCACCAGCGCAAUUAUCGGCUGCAAGGCUAUGGGCCAUUAUGUUGCGAAACUCGACUGAUGUUUUUAUUUCCCAAUCAAUGUCUCGUAAAUUUUUAGAAACCUUGGAAGAUUUGCUGUCGUCGACACGGACAUCACCCGUCGUUCGAGAGCGCCUCUUGGAGGUUGUUGCCGCUGCUGCUUAUGCAAGUGGAAGCAAACGGGAUGGCAGAGGUGAUAGAGAUGGCUUCAGGGGAUUGUGGCGAAGAGUGAAACCCUACGACAAACCCGACGAGGGCAUUCCUUUUGACACUGAUGAUGCUAUGUUCCAGCCCCCAGCAUCAGGAAGGCUGUCUCAAUAUGAGGUUCCAUUGGUGUCAUAUCGAGAGAAUCCUCCGCGUAAAAGGCGAUCUCCGGUGCGGAACCGCAUCAUACCACCAGAAGAAGAUAUGCGUCGGUUGCUGGAAGAAUGUAAAAUUGGUCAAGGAAAUGCUCUCCUGCUCGCCGAAGCUUUAGUCGUGUGCAAGCCUCAAGAUUUGAAGAAAAAGGGCAGUGUUAUACCAGAAUUCUACGGAAAAUGCCAAUCCUCUCAAGAGCUUAUCUUUGCUCAAAUUGACUGGGCUUCUGCCGGUGCUGAACGGUCUAGGCUUGCAAAGGACCAAGAGCGGAAGCGUACUUUUUCAAUCGAGUCGAAUAAGCCUCAUCAUGACGGCGAUGAUUUGCCGAUUGAGCAGACGGUGGAGGAGAAACUUCUUGCGGCGCUGCUUCAAGCGAAUGCAGAGUUGGUAGAGGCUCUGAAGCAAUAUGAAGACCUCGAAAGGGUUGCUAUGGAGCGAAAGGCUGAAAGUCGUAGCCGUAAGGAGACUCGAAUGAAUCGAAGGGAAUUGGAGCAAGAAAAUAGCGUCGACGAUUUUGUUGGCGGUUCGAAAUCUCGGAGCCCUUCUCCAUCACCACCAUCUUCAGAUUCACCUCACCGAACCGCCCUUGCGCAGCCUCGACCUCAUCGUAUCUCACCCGCAAAUAACGAUUUUGAGCCAGCCCAUAACCUCGCUCCACCGCCAGCGCCGCAUGGACCUCGACCGCCUGGUCAGCUCUCUACUCAUUCAAGAACACCUUCUCCAGGGACAGAGCCUUACACAGCAACUAAUGGAUAUGACCACCAUCUGCAUGAAGACGUAGAUUCAUUGUACCUCCAACGUGACCAUUCACCAACACCUAGAAAUUAUGACGAUGAGGGAGGAUAUCCUGAAGGGCCAAGUGCGAAAGCGCUUGGAAAAAGAAAGGUUGUUGAGGAGGCUCAGGAAUCUAUUACGUCAGAUAAUGGGGACGACCUUGAGAAGGAUCACACAUACCCUGGGGACGAUCCUGGCGACUCUGAUUUGGACGAUAGCAUUGAGACUCGCUGGCGAAGUCCUCCAGUGAAGUAUGUUUACGAUGCAGCGGCAGAGCGGACACAGCAGAGGCUCAGGGAAGGACUGGAACAUGGACAGGUUGUUAAUGGGGUUCAUUGA